AUGUCGGAACUCCUCACCACCGCGCACGAGGUCAUCACGCGCGCGAUUCUUCCAGCCGUAUUCUCCUGGAAGAGCCUCGCUCUGAUCCUGGCUGUGAUCAACCUCAAGAACCUCCCUUUCGCGUGGCACGUAAACCAACCUCCUCUACCACCUCCUCCUCAACCUGCGCCGCCACCCGACCUCCCCUCUCUUCCCAACCGGCCCCCACCCCCCACCACCAAAGAAACCACCCCAACCCAUCCCGUCUUCACCCCCCACGUCCUGCACACGCACAACUCCCCCUGGGAAACAGACUACAACUUCCACAAAUCCAACAGCACAUACUUCUCGGACCUGGACAUCUCGCGCACCGCGCUGGUCACCCGGGUCUACACGCCGGGGUUCACGCUCGUCAGCGCCCAACUGGACAAGGAGCUGCCCCACGCCACGCAGGAAGCGGGCCGUGAGAACGCAGGCAAGAAGGUGUACAUUGCCCUGGGGUCGACGUUCUGUAGCUUCAAGCGGGAGAUCAAGCCGCUGGAGAGGUUCGAGGUGGUUAGUCGGGUGGUUGCUUGGGAUCGCAAGUGGGUGUAUGUGUUGUCGAGUUUUGUGGGGAGGAGGGGGAGAAGGGGGGAGAGGGUGGUGUUUGCGGCGGCGGUGAGUAAGUAUGUCGUUAAGAAGGGGUGGUUGACGAUUUCGCCGGAGAGGGUGUUGAGGGCGAGUGGGUUUUUGCCGGAGAGGACGGAGACGGAGGGGGAGGGGGAGGGGGAGGGGGUUUUGGUCGAGCAGGAUGAAGAGACAGAGACGCUGGAGGAGAUUUCCGCGGGAGAUGGGAGUGAAGUUGGAGAUAAGGGGAAGAUGGAGGAGGUCAGGCAGGGGAAUGUCGGCUCGUGGAGCAAGGAUGACUGGACGUGGGGGAAGAUCGAGGAGGAGAGACUGAGGGGGUUAAAGGUGGUCGAGGGGUACGCAGGACUGGACGACAAGUUGUUUUCCGAGUGGGAGCGGUGAUCCAGAUACAUGUACAUAGACAUGUAGACGUAGGGCCAGCCUGGCUAUAGAUAAUUGUAUAGUAUAUCAG